GCUCAGGAAGGAAACGAACAUGAAAAAUGGUCGUCAGUGAUUUUCGAAAUUUCGAACAGCAUCGAGUGCGCUGGAGCUGUCAUUUCACUGCUCAAAGCUAAACCCUUCUUAUUGACAAACGCCGUCGUGGCUUCCACGAUCCUUAUUCCUUUGGCGGUUUCGAAGAAAAAAGAUGUUAAUUUAUCGAACGAAUUUGAUUCUCUGGUUGUAAAUGUACUCAAUUUACCAAAUCUGCCCAUUCCGGAGUCUGAUGUUAAUUUAUCGAACGAAUUUGAUUCUCUGGUUGGAAGUGUACUCAAUUUACCAAAUCUGACCAUUCCGGAGUCUGAUGACAUGCAAAGUCGACUGGUGGAGCGUUUUUUGGAUACAUGCCCCGAGAUAUGGCCAUGUAAAAAUGACGAAAGUGCUGAAGGAAGAGCUCAUAUAAUCCUGGAACUGCUAUUCUCAUCGAAAUCGCCUGCUUUACAAUAUAUCAUUACUCUGCUACCGACCAGAUGCUCAUCAGAAACGCUUGGCAAAAUAAUCGACUAUUUGCUCGAAUCCUUCAGAUCAACGUUCAUAAGCACUUCAGUUGUACGGACAGUUAUUAGCGCAUUUCGCGCUUCCAAACUUUCGAAACUUUCGGAUGAACAGUGUGCCGUAUUUGUACAGUACGUGGCGGUCGAAACGGAGGACAAAUCAGAUGAUGUUGUUGUACUCUUCAUGAAAUUUUUGGAGGAAAGCGUCGAAUCUCACCGUUCGUUCAUAAGCACUUCAGUUGUACGGACGGUUAUUAGCGCAUUUCGUGCUUCCAAACUAUCGAAACUUUCGGCUGAGCAGUGUGCCGUAUUUGUACAGUACGUGGCAGUCGAAACGGAGGACAAGUCAGAUGAUGUUGUUGUGCUCUUCAUGAAAUUUUUGGAAGAAAGCGUCGAAUCUCACCGUUCGUUUCUUCAAUUUUUCUGCCUGCUGUAUGCCUUUGCCUAAUC